AUGGAGACCGACAACAUUGCCGAAUUGGUGAAUCGCUUGGGCAGCGAUGAAGAUGCGGUCCGCAAAAUGGCCGUCUUCAAGCUCCAGGGCAACAUCGGCGACCCGUCCUUUGCGGAGCUCUUCAUUUCAGAGGGCGGUUUGACUCGCCUGCGACACCUUACCCUGCACGCCAGCGGCAAUACUCUCGCCUACAGUCUUACCAGUUUUGCUCGUCUCCUCGAGGUCGACAAAGGAUGGGAGUGCGUUGACCAAGAACUGGUCGAACGAAUUGUCAAGUUGAUCGUUACUCACCCUCUGGUCAACAUCCUCCGGGGCGCCAUGUCGAUUCUCGUGUCCGUCGUCUCACACCCGGUGGGCGGCACCGGCUCGGAGCAGCCAGAUAUGAUGUUCGGCUUCCGUGCACUCAAGCCUGCGAUUGCCAUUUACCCUCAAUUCCUGGAGAUGCUCGUGAGCCGACUGUCCUCUGCGGACCAUGCUCUGUGUGCCAAUGCGCUCCAGUUGAUCAAUUCGCUCAUGCGCGACUCCAUUACCCACGAUUCAGAGGCGGAAUGGCCCAAGUUUAUCCAGAAACUGCAGGAUCUGGGGGUGAUUCGAGCAGUCUACGUGCUUAUGCAGGACUCUGCUCUUCAGGACUUGGCUCACCCGCUCCUCGAGUUCCAGUCUCUGACCAAGGUGCUCCUUCGGAAGUGGCGAGACAUUUCCCUGAACCAGGAGAAGCCCGAGCACCGAAGAGCACUGAAGGGGAUUUACCUGGCCGGUACACCCAAGAGCUCCGAGGAGACGUCGGAGAAGGACAAGGACAAGGAAAACGGCGACGACACGCGGCGCUCGAAGCGACACCACCCCGAGAAAUGGCGGCGACUGGGAUUCGAAUCGGAGAACCCCACUGCGGAGUUCCACGAGGUGGGCUUCCUGGGAAUGAUGGAUUUGGCAGAUUAUGUCCGCAGUCACCAGGAUGAGUUCCAGAAGAUGCUCCUUGAGCAGUCAACCAAGCCAGCAGGACAGCGGUGUCCAAUUGCGCAGGCGUCGUUGGCAGUAACGUCCAUUCUGUUCGAGCAUUUCGAGGUGGACAAGUCCGAGAUGGACGAUUCAAAGACUUACAUGCUUUUGGAGUCGCGAUCCAGUCUCGACAAGCUAUUCAGACCACUGCUCCUUCACUGGACUCGGUUGCAUGUGGCAGGACUGCAGGCAUUCUUCCGUCUCUGGAAGGCGACUGCUGCCGAGGUGGAAGAUUUGGACAAGCUCGUGGAGCUGGUUCGCAUCCUCAUCGAAUCGGUCGUGGGUGGUGCCCCCCGGACGAAAGAUGUCCAGGAUGUGGAGGAGGACCUGGCCAAUUUUGAAUAUCACCGCCUGCGCGAGUUGCAGAUGGAGCUUCUGGAGCUCACCUACGAGGAUGCUUGGGGGCAGCACUUGCGACAGGUGCGCGAGGAGCUGCACCACGAGGCCCUGCAGUUUGUCAAGGAGCAGCGCAUUCGAUGCCUGCUUCAGGGUGCCUGGUUCUCACUCGAGAGCUCCAAGAAUGACCAGGCGCCAACUCGGUCCGCUUCGCACCAAUACGUCCAAUUGUCGCAUAACCGACGGUAUCUGCACUUUGGCGAGUUUGACUCGGUGGGUGACCGAACCCCCGAGCUAGAUACGCUGCCGGAAAAGAUCGAUCUCUCUAUUGUCUCCUCGGUGGUCUCUAAUAUAUCCACGAACCCCGAUCACUCCUCGUCUUCGACCGUGAAGACCGCUGGCCAUCAGGCAUCAACAAAGAUCACCAUCCACGGCUACGCCCAAUCCUUAAACUCGGGCCAUGGCAAGAGUCACUCUCGGACCGGCAGCCGGUCAACCCAAAAAGAAAUAGUCCUGCUCACUCUUCGGCCCGCAUCCCACAGCGUAGCCUCAGAGUGGCUAGAUGGGCUGCUCAUGCUUCUUAACCAGCAGCCCAUCACCGCAGAAACGACCAAGUUGAUUGACCUGGUCAGUAACUACGGACUGAAGAUCCGACUUUUGAAUGUGCGGUUUGACGACGCCACGUUCGCGGGCGAGACACCGGGCGUGCCUUCGCGCAACGGGUUGGACGAGGAUUACUAUUACGAUGUGUUUGGCGGCGCAUAG